UUUUAGUUUUUAACUAAAAGUAAAACCCAUAAUUUAGGUCAGUUCUGUUGUUGGUGAAAGAAAAAAGGUGAAGGUAAAUUAAAGCAAAAAUGCAGGCCAUCAAGGAGAAGCUGAAUGACAUGAACGAAAUGCGGAAAGCCAAGGCUGAAGCAAAAGACGAGGAAAAGGCUGAGAAAGAAUUGGCAAAGGCGAGACUUGAGGUGGCUCAUGAGGUUAGGAUGGCAAGAGAAGCUGAGGCCGCAAUGGAUCUCCACGUCGCUAGAGCCGCAGAAAAGAUGGCGGAGCAUGAGCGGAAGCACCGGCAGCCAUCCUCUCGCAGCGGCCGGGACCGCCUGGCCCCCCCCGGGGAGGACAACUACGUGCAGGAUUCUCACGGCCGUGUAAUUUCCGUAUCUCCAAUACCCGAACAUAAUUCAAGUGAUGGGAUGUCCGGCAGUGGUGCUGACCUCUCCCGCUCCAUCUCCUUUCCCCGUGACAGAGCAAGCAUGGACUCUACUGCAUCCAAUGCUGGAACGCCUGACGGUGGCGGCAAAGCUGAUGGACCGAAUCAAAUCUUGCAGUAGAUAGAUACAUAGUAAUUUGUUGUUUCUAAAUAACUGCAGGCAGAGAAUUUUCGUCUGCUCAGCUGCUACGAUUUUUGGUUUUCACUUUAUUUUACUUGUUUGUAUUCUCCAUGAUUUUCUUGUGUGUAUUCUCCCUAAUUCUCCGUAUUUCACUCGUCCAUGUUAGUUUAGUUUCUUCCAACGGUUAUGUUAGUCAAUUUUGUAAUGACGCCCAAUUGGUAUGAACGGAUCACUUUUAGUAAGUUCAA